GUAAAAUGGGAUGUUCAUGUACUCCAUCAUCACACACACACACCACAUAUCAAAACGUGCUCCUCUCACUCCUUCACUGUAGCGACAAUCCAUCGCAGUCUCGCUUUCAACGUUAUGUAAUGACUUUGCUCAACAAGAAGGCCAAUCAAAGUGACAGAAUCAGUGACUUACCAGCUAAUGUCAUUGAUGGCAUCCUAGGAAACUUGAAAAUCCGAGACCAAGUUAGAACUAGUAUUUUGUCAAGAAAGUGGAGGUAUAUGUGGACUUCAGCUCCGGAACUUUGUUUUGAUAACAAAUUUUUUGAAAGGUAUACCUAUCUUGAAGGCUCUGACCAUGCCUCUGUAGUCUCUAAAAUCAUCACGGAUGUUCUUAUGCUCCGCAAUGGGCCGAUACACAAGUUUACUCUUUCCAUAUCAUAUGACUUUCACUAUGAUUUCAAGUCUAAUUUUGAGAUCACACUGGAAAACCUCAAUAUGUGGAUUCCCUUUUUGUCGAGGGACAUUAAAUAUCUCGAUCUUGUGGACCGCUGGGAAUCAGUUCAUGAAAUGCCAUAUAUUGUCUUCUCUUGUAAGGAAUUGACCUACUUUAAAUUUGGCGGAUUUCACUUGUUAAUUCCACCUCAUUUUUGCGGCUUUAAAAGAUUGCUUGAACUUCACUUAUAUUUGGCUAGAUUCAACUCCGAUGCACUUGAGAGUCUUGUGUCUGGUUGUCCAUUUCUUGAAAAGCUCUGCAUUGAAUUAUGUGAAGGUUUUCAAUAUCUUCAUAUUUCUUCUCAUACUCUCAAAGUCUUAUUUAUAGACCUACUUUAUGAUGUGAAGUCAAUUUGUCUCAAGAAAGCAGACAAUCUGAUUGAUUUUACCUUUGAAGCUAAGCACGUCGGCUUAAGUAGUUUGUUCAAAAGUUUGCCAAAAGUUAAGCUGGUCGGAUGUAAUAAGAACCCAUAUGCAGAUAUCAUUCCUCCCACGUGUCUAGCAUGCUCAUUCAACUCUUUAAAGUAUCUGAAAUUGGGUGUCAAGGAUUUGAAUGAAACAGGAGAACUUUUGCAUAUUGUUAGAGUACUCAAAAGUGCUCCUAGCUUGGUUAAACUUGUUAUUCAGAGUUAUAACUUUUUUGAAGCCACACGAGUGUUAGAUCAUUCAGAAGAGUUAGAAUGCCGUAGUUGUUGCCUUAAACUUCAGAUAGUGGAUAUCUCUGUUAGAACUAAAUCUCAGCAUGCAAUGAGUUUGAUACAGUUCAUACUUGCAAAUUCUCCUUUGUUGAAGACUCUUACUUUUAAUUUUGAUAUUAUAAAAUUAGACGCACUUGAGUUGCAUAGAAUUUUGUAUAGAAUUUCACAAGACUUGUUAGGGAUGGAACGAGCAUCCCCAAGAGCACAUGUUAAGCUCCUUAAUUGUGGUAAUUAGUUGUACUUAUAGUUAUAGGCAAGCACAACUAAUGAUAGAGGAAUGAGUAUUUGGGGAUGUUGUGACAGUUGAUUUAUUGUUUGAUGUAGUGAACGUUUACUUAUAUAGUCAAAUGGUACUGGUUGCACAAUGGACCAUUGUUUUUUUUUCCAGUGUAUUUGGUAUUGUGUGGCCAUUGUUUGUAGUAUUUUGUGAAUUGGGAGACUUGUUAACUUUCUAUUUUGGUUGUUUGUUGGCUGAUAGAAAGAUUACAAUGAGAGAAAACCACACUAAUGGUAUGUUUGGUUGUAAAGAGAAGUUGUGAAGAGAGAAAUAUGUGAGAGAGAAUGAGAGAAGAGAGAAAUAUGUAAGAAGUUGAAUGGAUUUGAAGUAUUGUUUGUUAUAAGAGGAAGAUAAAAGAAAUAGGAGAGAGAGAAAUGUUGAUUAAAUAUGAAAGUACCAAAAUAUCCUUGAUUUGAAAAGUAUGUAUUAAAAAUUAAAUUAAAUUUUUUUUUGUUAUAUUAAUUUAGAUAAUUAAUAAUUAAUUAAAUAAAUAAUUAUUAAGAAAAUAUAAUGAUUUAUUUUAAUUAAAUUAAUUAAUUGUUAGUCUCCUAACAUACCAUAAUUUUCAUUUACUCAAAUAUAAGCCUUCUCUGUACGUCAGUUGAAGAUAGGUUAAUACACUAGUGCAUUUAAUUUCAUAGAUUGGUUGUUAUUUUGGUAACAAGGGCAGAAAUGGAAUUAUAUAAAAUUCAUAUAAUCUCUUGCCCUUUCUUCGCUGUUUUGCGCAGAAGAAUAAAAGUGUGGGACCCACUGUUAUUUGCUCUCUCUUCUCUGUUUCUUGCAUGCACCAAACAAGUGAACUGUCCCAUUUCUAUCCUCUUUCUCUCGCCUCUAUCUCUCUCGUCGAUAAAUCACACGUACCAAACAUAGUGUAAGAGUUUUGGGAGAAAUAUUUGGAUGGUCAAAAGUUUGAGUGGUUUUGAAAAGAAAUGAUUCUAAUUUAUAAAUAAAGUGAUUUUUAUGACUAAAUAUAGCAAUUUAAUUUGUGUGGACUUGUUCAAACAUAAAUCAAUUUCUUUUCAACUUCACUUUUAAACAAAUUAAAAUAAAGUUUUUAAAAUUAAUUUAGUGAAAAUUAAUUUUUCACUGUUAAACAAAAUCAAGUUUUAAAAACUGAUGUAAUGAAAAUUAUUUUUUAUUACAGAAGACCAUUAGAAGGAGUUGGCAUGCGCAACUAUAAAUGCUCUAAAUCUUGCAUGUUUGCUGUUUAAUUUGAGUUUUAGUGCUUAGGGUUUUCUGGUUCUAACUGAAAUUAAAUUGUACUGUUGAAGUUUGAGUGGAUUUGGGGGUGAUAUUCAUAACCAGGAAUUAAAAAUGAGGGGGAUGGUAUGUUGCUUUCUGGUUCACGGCCGCCUCGCCAGAAUUCGUGGCAGACAGACGGCAGUUUCUUUACGCAGUGAGAAGUAGGGGUGCUCGCGGUGCGGUUUGGGCGGUUUUGACGAAAAAAAUAUCCGAACCGCAAGAGAAAAAAUAGUGUGGUUUGGUUUGGUUCGGUUGGUUCGGUUUUUUACAAAUAUUUUAUUGAGCCAUACAUACACAUAUAGAUGAUAACAUAAUUUUGUAUUUAUACAUUCAUACACUAUCAAAUAACAACAAAACUCGUCAUAUUUUGACAACAAUUUUCCAUUUAAUAUGUAAAAAUUAAAUUAGACAAAAGUGGAAUAUUAAACAUAAAAUAAUAGCAUAAAACAAUAUAAAAAUUAUUAUAGCGAAACAAAAAAAUAGAAGAGACGAAAGAUUAGUGAAAGUGAAAAAGAAAAAAAGUGUUGAGAGAUUAGAGAAGAAGAUAUGUG